UGUUGCUGCUGUUGCUGUUGCUGUUGCUGCUGCUGCUCUCGGUAAAACUCCGUGCGCACUGCAGGCUGCGCACUGUGUGCACCGUGGCGUGGCGAGGUCACACGUUCUCCCCACUGACACUUCCCUCUAGAGACGCGCACAGAGAGGAGGACACGGACACCAGGACGAGGCGUCUCCACAGAGUCCGAGGUUCGACCCGCUGACAUGACCAACCACCCUCCCCAGACCAACGGCAUGCAGAGCCUGCGGACGGAGCACCUGUACAAGGUGCUGGUGAUCGGAGACCUCGGCGUCGGGAAGACCUCCAUCAUCAGACGCUACGUCCAUCAGACCUACUCCAACAACUACCGAGCCACGAUCGGAGUGGACUUCGCCCUGAAGGUGCUCAACUGGGACAACGAGACCGUCCGGCUCCAGCUGUGGGACAUUGCAGGUCAGGAGCGAUUUGGAAACAUGACCAGAGUCUACUACCGCGAAGCCAUGGGCGCCUUCAUCGUGUUCGACGUGACCAGACCCACCACCUUUGAGGCGGUCAUCAAGUGGAAAGAGGACCUGGACUCCAAACUGAUGCUGGCCAACGGUCAGAGCAUCGCCACCGUGCUGCUGGCCAACAAGUGUGACCAGGGCAGAGAGCUGGCCAGCAACGGCAUCAAAAUGGACCAGUUCUGCAAAGACCAUGGGUUCGUGGGCUGGUUUGAGACCUCAGCUAAGGACAAUCUCAACAUCGCUGAGGCUUCAAACUGCCUGGUCAAACACAUCAUGGCCACGGAGAACGACAUCCUGAAAUCUGUGGUUCCAGACACCGUCUCACCACAGCUGGACUCCAGGAACCAGUCGAGCUGCUCGGGCUGCUUCAAAUAACUGCAGGACGCGGGACGCCAAAGGAGUCGGUGAACGGAGUCACACACGAGGACAAGGGAGGACGAGCCGAGCAGGUAAAGUUCUUCCCUGAGAAUCUGAAGACCUUCUGAGGAAACCGUGAGUUUUUCUCUGAAGUCGCAGCCUUCAGACUGAUGAUACAUGAACUCAGACGCUGCAGAUUUAUUGAAAACACUUUUAGUAUCUCGGACGGAGGAACUGAAGAUUUCACUGCCGUCGCUUUCUUUGACAAAGACUGUAAAAAUGUGUCAGAUACACUGCUAAUAUUUGGACUUGAGGUUCCAGUAGUUCUCAUGCUGAGAGAACAGAACUGGAGUCAAUGCUCUGCAACCUUGGGCGUACGCUUACAUUUUAGCUUAAGAAAAAAAAGGGGGCAAAAAAAAAACCUCACAACAACAAAAAAUAGUCGUGUCGAAAUUAAUAUGUUGAUUGCGUUAAUUAAUUCGUGCGAUUUUAACACAUGACACCAUCCGUUGUCCGUCCACUUAUCGUUGCUCUAACAUAGUUAACACAAAUGUUGUUGGCACACAAUGUGGGGAAAAAUAGUUUUAUAGCUUGGAACUCUAUGGAAUAGUGAAAGGAAAGUGCCUUAAUUAUUAAUGAAAAAUUGGAAUUAGGAUUAAUCAUGGUUAUUCCACAGCUACCUUGUUAUUCAUCUGUUGUAAUGGAUGUAGUGGAUCAA